AUGGCCCUGCCUCGACGCGACGGAGGCCAUGCCUCGACGGAGGCCUCCGCCGUGCAGGCCGCGGACCCGUGCCUCGACGCGACGGCCCUCGUGGACGGCGCGCCGGCCGUGCUGUCGUCGGCGGCGUGGCACGCGCUGCUGCACGGCGGGCGCGACGCCUUCUCGAGCGUCGAGGAGGCCGAGGCGCUCGCCGGCGCGGCGCCGCUGGCCUGGGACGCGCUGCUCGACGCGCUGGCGCUCGUCGCGUCGGCGUGCCGCCGGUGCGCGGCCUGCGCCGACGACCUCUUCGGCGCCGGCGGCGCGCCGCUCGCCGCGGCCGUCGCGGCCGCGGCCGCGCCGCUCGACGCGUGCCGGCGCCGCGCGGCCGCGCUCCGGGAGGUCGUCGAGCGCUACGGCGCGGCGGCGGCCGGCCGCGGCGGCGACGCCGCGCUGCGGGACGCGGACGACAGAUGCGCGGCGCUGCUGCGGGACCUCGCGCGCGACUGCGAGGCGCUCGGCGAGGGCGAGGCGCUCGUCGCGCCCGCCGGCUGGGCGUCCGCGGACGGCCGCGGCCACGCCGUGCUCCUCGUCGUCGCGCGCGGCGGCGGGGCCCUCGGCGGCGACGGCUGGGGCGGCGGCGGGCCCGGCGCGUGCUCCGUCGCCGUCCUCGACGAGGUCGCGCGCCGCGGCGGCCGCGUCGGCGACGGCGCGGCCGCGGCCGCGCGGCGCGCGGCGCGCGCGCUCUGCGGCGCCUGCGCGGACGCGCACGCGCUGCGGCGCCGCCGCGGCCUCGAGACCCGCGCGCCCUGGUUCGCGCUCGCGCUGCGCGCGGGCAAGCGCGCGGCCGCGCGCGUCGCCGCGAGCCUCGCCGCGCGCGACGCCGCGGACGCGGCCGCGCGCCACGUCCGCCUCGAGGACCUCGACGCCGUCGCGCCGCCCGCGGGCGACGCGGCCGUCGACUUCGGCGGCCCCAAGUCCGGGCGGCUCUGGGCCGCCUUCGCGGGCCCCGGCCUCGCGGCGGGCGCGCGGGGCCGGCGCGCGGGCCUCGACGCGCGAGCCCGCGAGCUCGACGCGCUCGCGGGCGCGCCGCGGCGCGAGGCCCUCGCGCUCCCGCUGGACCUCGCGGCCGUCGACUUCCCCCCCGGCGCCCGCGCGGCGGGCCUCUUCGGCGCCGCCGCGCGCGGCGGCGGCGCCGGCCUCGAGGCCGCGGCCGACGCGCUCCGGCGCUGCGACCGCGCGUGCGCGACGCUCGAGCGCGGCCGCGGCGACGCGCCGCGCGCGGACGCGGCGCGCUUCGCGCUCGUCUGCGACCUGUUCCUGCGGCGGCUGCCCGCGCCGCGGCCGCCGGGCCGCGGCGGCUUCUGGGCCGGGGCCCCGCGCCGCGAGACGCAGCUCGACCUCCUGCGGUCGCUGCGGCGCUGCGCGCUCCACGCGGCCGCGGCCGCGGCGGCGCUGCCGCCGUCGCGGCGCCUCGACGGCGAGCGCGUGCUCUGCGUCGCGGCGAUCGCGGCGAUCGCCGACGCCGUCGCGCGCGCCGCGGCGUCGGACGCGCCGAGCCCGCUCUCGGCCUUCUACGGCGCGCACGCGUGCGCCGCCGUCGCCGACGGCGCCGAGCCCUUCGGGUUCCUGCCGCGCGACUUCGCCGCGGACACGGGCCGCGCGCUGCUCUGCGACCCGGACCUCGUCGUCGCGCGGACGGCGCUCCUCGACUACUUCCGGGAGAUCCGGCGGCUCGUGCCGCCGCGGAACCGCGUCUUCGACUGGGAGGCGACGGCCGCCGACGACGCCGCGGGCGACGGCGGCGGCGCGCUCGCGCGGCUGCUCCUCGGCGCGCGCGGCGCGGGCCAGGCGCCGGCCGGCGGCCUCUUCCUCGGCCUCGGCGACGCGCGGCUCCUCGACCGCCUCGCGACGUCGCUCGGCUACGCCGUCGCGGCCGGCGGCGCGAACCUGCCGGACUACCUCGCGGGCCGCGACGGCGCGCUCCUCGACGACCUGCCCGAGCUCCGCGACCUCCGCGACGUCGUCCUCGUGCUCAAGGCCUGCACCGCGGCGACGGCGUGCUGGGCCGCGGGCGCGGGCGGCGACGCGGCGCCGCGCUGGUCGCGCGGGGGGCCGCGCGGCGGCGACGAGCGCGCGCGGCGCGAGUACCGGCUCGCGCACUUCGACGCGCGGCUCUGCGACGCCGUCGGCGCGCCGCUCCGGUGCGGCUUCCUCGGCGGCGACGCGGACCUGGCGACGCGGCCGCCCGGCGGCGACGACUCGGACGACGACGACGGCGGCGGCGGCCGCGCGCCGGCGGGCUGGCGCGGCGCGCUCGCGCGGGUCCGCGCGGCCCUCGCGGGCUACGCGGCGCCGCGGUGCCCGCCGAGCGGCGGCGACCCGAGCCACCUCGCGGGCGAGCUCGUGGCCACGGAGGACGACGUGCUCCACCUCCCCGCGCUGCCGGGCGACCUCGGCGCCGCGCCGCGGCCGAGCCCCGGCGAGGCGCGGCUCCUCGCCGGCGACACCGCGGCGGCGCGCGCCGCGCGCCUCGAGGCCGAGGCCGCGCGGCUCGCCGCCGCGGGCGACGGCGGCGCGCUGCCGCCGCGCGACGUCGAGCGGCUCCUCUGCUACCUCACGGCGCCCUACCUCCGCCUGCCCCUGGUCCUCCGCUUCUUCGCGGACGCCGUCCGCGUGCGGAGCCUCCGCGACGCGCGGCUCCGGGCGACGCUCGACGCCGUGCUCUUCGAGUGCGGCGCGUGGCUGCCCGCGGACGCGGCCGACGACGCCGUCGACGCGAUCCCCGCGCCGCACCGGCGGCUGCUGCGCACGCCCUGCGGGGCCCUCUUCAACGAGCUCGUCAUGAGCCCCGGGCCGACGUGCACGGCCGUGGCGCGCCUCCUCGACCUCGCGCUCGGCCUCGACGCCGGCCGCUGGGCGCCGCGGGGCGUCGCGGAGCUCGUGCUCUUCGCGACGCGCGUCGCCGCGCGCGCGCUCUCGUUCCUCGCGGCGCUGGACCCCGCGCCGGCGCGGGGCGGCGGCCUCGGCCGGCGCGGCCGCGCGGGGCUCGCGGCGGCGCCCCGGGGCCUCGAGGACCCGGCCGACGGCGGCGACGCCGCGCGCGACCAGCGCGGCGCGGCGCUCGCGGGCCUCCGCGACGCGCUCGCGGGCCGCGCCGCGCCCGCGCUCCGGCGCUGGCUCCCGGGCCUCCUCGCCGCGGGCGACCGCCUCGGCCUCCGGCGGGCCUGCGCGGUCCACGCGCACGCGCUCCUCGUCGCCGCGGCCGUCGCGGACGCGGGCGGCGGCGACGCGCGCGGCGACGUCGUCGCGCUCCUCGGCGCGCAGUGCUUCCUCGGCGCCUACGACGACCGCGCCGACCGCGACGACGUGUCGAGCGCGGCGCUCCGGCGCCGCUGGCGCCUCGUCGGCCGCCGCGUCGACGUCGUCGCCUGGGCGCCGCCGCCGCCGCCCGGCGGCGGCGACGGCCUCGCGCCGCCGCCGCCCUUCGACGUCGCCGCGCUGCGCCCCCUCGCGCGCGCGGGGCCGCGCGAGGCGUGGGUCGGCGCCGCGCUCGCGCCGCUGCUCGGCGACCGCGCGCCCCUCGCGGGCUUCGCGCUCUUCCUGCCCCGGUCCUUCGACGCGGCGGCGGGCUUCUGCGCCGUCGUCGGCUUCCUCGACCGCGGCGGCGCGCGGCACUGGCGCGAGUGCCACGCGGGCCGCGGCGGCGAGCGCGGCGGCGCCUUCGUCGAGGUCUACGAGGUCGCGGAGCACGGCCGGUCCUGGUGGCGGUCGCUGUGCUACACGUCCGACGCGGGCCGGUCGCUCGGCGCGCCGCGCCACUCCGAGGACGACUUCGAGGACGGCGGCGACUGCGGCUGCGAGGCCUGGCCCCUCGCGCGGGGCCACGCGGGCGGCCGCGGCGCGCCGGCGCCGUCCGUCGACGUGAGCCGGCGCGCGACGCGCGGCGGCCGCGCGGCGACGCGGCAGACCCACGUGCCGGACCGCCACCUCCGGGGCCUGCUGCCCGACGCGCUCCUCGACGCCUACGCCUUCUGGCGCAACGCCGACGACGCGUCGCUCUGCGGCUACGCGCGCGCGGCGCCCGCGGACGCCGUCGUCGUCGUCGCGCUCGACGGCGCGCCGGCGCGGCCGCGCGUCGUCGUGACGCGGCGCCGCGUCGAGCCGGGCGCCGGCGGCCCCGACGACGCGCCGCCGCUGCCCGACGGCGGCGCCUACGGCGGCCUCGCGGUCGCGCGCGGCGCGCCGCAGACGCUGCUCCGCGUCGGCGGCCACGGCGGCCACGGCGUCGCGGCGCGCCUCGCGCGGCUCGACGCGGCCGCGCACGUCCUC